UAAAUAUUUGUACAUGUGUAUAUAAUUUUGCCGAUGUCUCAUAUCUAACUCAAUCAAUUACAGAAAACGGUCUCUCUAACACUAAAAUGGCUGAUGUGGAUGUCUUUAUAAGUAAUUAUACUUUAGUGGACCCCGAAAUCUACCAGCUAUGGAUCGAAGGCUUCUCCUCCAGCGAGGCGGUGUCCUAUCUGAAACAGAAGGGGUUCGGUCACUCAAUGGGGGCUCCCAGCGAUCUGAUUGCUUCUGAUGUCCUGGACCACUACCGCACAUAUUCCCUUAUUGAGCUUUAUCUCAAUGCACCCACUAAGCUUAUGGAGCAAUCCUGCUUCCAGCUGGAGCCACAUAUGCGUGACCUAAUCACCGAGAAGUAUUACUCUAUCGAUGAUGUAGUGGCCCGCGAAAUACUCGGGAAGAAACUGACAUCACGCUACCGCAAGGAUUUAGACGAGGUGGCCGAGAAGACUUGUGUAAAGCUUAAAUCAGUUCGUCGACAGUUUGACAAUGUUAAGCGCAUAUUUAAGUCAGUGGAGGAGAUGCCAGGCACGCUAACCAACAAUAUAAAGCAGCAUUUCUUCAUAUCCACCGACUUGGCCAAAAAGUAUGCAUGCAUUGUUUUUCUGGCCUGUCUGCGAUUCGAAACCACUAAAAAGAAGCUACAAUACCUGAGUUUCAGCGAUUUAUUGACCUGCUCCCAUGCCAUUAUGAUAUACUGGACCUACACUUACCAGCACACUGGCCCGGAAUACUAUGAUACAGAAAUGGACAAAGAGUUUCUUCUGGACUUGCGGGAAUUGCGGUGUCUACUGGAUAAGGAAAAGGAAAUAAAGCAUCUCGUCUGUAUGCGCCUCAAACCCGUUCUUCUGGAGCGCGCUUUUCAUGAGCUGGAUGGAAAUUUUCGCUCAUACUGGCGCGCUUUGAUUACAAUUGCCUGCAAUUUACACCGCAAUCGGGAAUUGCGUGAUUUAUUUGUGGAUCUCUGUGAGAAACUGAUCGAUCCUUGGCGUCAGAAUGGUUGGAAUCGCGAGCAAGUUAAUAAGUUCUUGGCUUCCAUAACUCAAAGCGUCUUAGAUCUUGAGAUAUCAAGGGACCAGGAAACUCGGUGUCUUUGGGAUCGGUACAUGCAAGUCAUUACAAUAUGCUUGGAUAAAAUGUAUCACAUAUAAGUUGUGACUUUAAAUAGUUUGUGUACUUAGUAGUUUAGUUGUGAUUUUUUGAAUUUGUGUUGACUUUUAUCUAUGACAUGAGAUUGUAUAAUACCAAAUAUAAGAAAAAAAUACAAA